AUGGCUUGUGCUUUAGAAACUGACCCGAUCAAUCAACUUGAAGAAAAUCUACAAUGUACCGUAUGUCUGGAAGUAUUAGCGGAUCCCAGAACCCUUCCUUGCUUCCACUCGUUCUGUAAAGUUUGUUUGGAAGGCGUUGUGGAAAUAUGUCGCGACAAAGCACCUCGCGGCCAACCUAUUCGAGAGUUUCCAUGUCCAAAUUGUCGUGCGAUGUUCAUACUUGAUCCCGACAAACAGGUCACCGACAUGCCACGGAACCAUUUCAUCUGUAACAUGGUUAAAGCGACGGCCGAACUCGAUCGUGGAAUCGGUGUUCCUUGUUCACAUAAUUGUAGUCAAAGCUACUCGGUCGCUCGCUGCGUCACCUGUGAAAAAUUCCUAUGCCGGGAAUGUCUGACAGAUCACAACAAAUAUCGAGCCAACAAUGGUCAUUCUGUUCUAACGAUGGAAGAGUUAUCGAAGCCAGAAAAUCGCAAGAAAAUCAACGACAAAAUGUAUUGCAAUGAACAUUCUGGCAUGGAAUUAAAAGUUUACUGCAAAACCUGCGACCAACUGAUUUGUAGGGACUGUAUGGAUUUUAAACACGUCCAGCAAGGUCAUUCGUGUGUUCUCGUCAAGGAUGUCGCGAGCAACUAUAAGGAACUUCUUGCUUCAGAUAACAAAGCAAUGGAAGACGCUUUAAUUGAAAGCAAUGCCUCUAAUAAACUAUUAAGCCUUACACCAGAACAACUUGAUCGCAAUGCUGAAAAUGCCAAGAAUAAAACUGAGAAAAAGAAAGCAUUGGUAGCAAUAUUAAUAAUAAUAAUAAUAAUGAUAAUAAAACUAUUUAUUUCUCCUAACAAAUAA